AGUUUUAUUCGAAGUUUACCUCUCGCGCUGGUAGGUCUGCGUUUUUGUUUACGUUAUCGCGGUGUUUGUUGGGGCUAAACACACAAAAAUACUAGUAAAAAGAGCACGGUUUCUUCAGAAAGGAAAAUUCACCAAUAAUGAUAGUUUUUUUUCACUCGCGAAAAAAUUGUUUUUCCUUUAGUGAGUAAAACGGAGCCCUUGUUCGAAGUUUGUUUUGUAUUUAGCCGAAAUUGAUAGAAAUAGAGAAUUUUCGUUAUUGUGCUUGUCUGUGCUGGUGCUGAUAAAAAGAGAAAAAAAAUUGUGUUUUUUGCGUUUCCUGGUGCAAACAGCGAACACACUGCGGGCAAAGAAAGGAAUAUGUAAAUUUAAUCAAUUUGCACAAAGCCACAAGUGCACAUAUUGCAUGGAAAAGUUCGCUUUUAUUGAUCGAAAGUAAGCCGGAGUCCGGAUUUGAGUGGUGUUUUGUGUGACGUUUCUGCUGCCACUGAUUGGAUCGUUCGAGACUACUCGUCAUUAUUAUUCGAUUCCUCCGUUGGGCCGUUAAUCACCACGAGUCGCAUAGGAAACAGCAAUCCGACUAGUCCGCGACAGCCAAAGAAAACGGGCCGAGCUCCAUGGAAGUAUGGACAACGAGCAGCCACACCAGGAGUUGGUAAAAUGUGUCCUCGUGGGUGACACCGCUGUCGGCAAAACACGGCUAAUCUGUGCACGGGCCUGCAAUAAACAUGUAUCACUUUCGCAGUUACUUAACACGCAUGUGCCAACCGUGUGGGCCAUUGACCAAUAUCGGAUAUAUAAGGAUGUACUGGAGCGAUCAUGGGAAAUCGUAGACGGCGUCAACGUUUCACUGAGGCUGUGGGACACUUUCGGUGACCACGAGAAAGACCGACGGUUCGCCUACGGAAGAUCCGAUGUAGUGCUGCUAUGCUUCUCGAUAGCUAAUCCGGUGUCGCUGCGCCAUUGUCGGGCCAUGUGGUACCCGGAAAUACGCAAAUUUUGUCCAGACACACCGGUUAUUCUGGUUGGUUGUAAGAAUGACUUGCGGUACAUGUAUCGCGACGAGACUUACUUAUCCUACUUCGGGGAUCGAAGUCCAUUCGUUCGAGCGGCACGAAAGAGCGAUCUGGUGAUGCCAGACGAAGCUCGUGCUGUGGCGAAGGAACUCGGUGUUGCUUACUACGAGACGAGUGUGUUUACAUAUUUCGGCGUAAAUGAAGUGUUCGAGAAUGCUAUUCGGGCAGCUCUGAUAGCGCGCCGGGAGCAUCGGUUCUGGAUGACUAAUCUGAAGAGGGUUCAGCGACCUCUGCUGCAAGCCCCAUUUCGACCGCCUAAACCUCCGCCACCAGAAGUGACGGUCAUAACCGGCACUCACACUAAAGAUAUGCUAAACAUGUUCAAUUCACAGUGCUACACAGAUUUAGUAUUAAUUGUCGGUACUAUACGUUUUUCCGUACAUAGAUUUAUGUUAGCUAGUAGUUCUAAUGCAUUUCAUAGGUUGCUAACGAUGGACAUCUCCGACAUGGGUGCCCGCAGCAGCAGCGAGUCCAGUAUGGUUAGCUCGACAUUUGGCGAGUCGACGACGGCCGAUUUCAACGAGGAUACCGAAUGUCUCAUCCGAGCCGACCAAAACAACAGGGGUCCCAACAGAAUGUGGGAGCAGUUGAAGCGACGGUCCAGCUAUCAAGCUUUGCCAACCGUAGAGCCGAAGAAAGAUCUCUAUCGUGAGUUGCACCAUCCGGUGUUUCAAAGUAUUAGGAUAUUCCAGAUCGAGAACGGAAAACAUAGCUACACACAAACGCAAACCAUCGUCUCAGUGAGUAAACUAAUCACACCGCAAGCAAUGCAGCAGUGUUUGAAGUUCAUAUACACCGGAGCGAUCGAUCGGGAAUGUCUCGAUUUGCAAACGGCUACAAUAGGAUUAAUACUGGAAAUACGACAAGCCGCAGAGUUCUUGGAACUUCCGCAGUUGAUGGUACUUCUGUCAAACACUCAAGCAAACCAGAGCUUCAUAAACGAUGAAACGAUUCAGCACUAUUCUACGUGCAUGAAGCAAAAUCUUGAGAAAUACUGUGUUCAGAAUGGUAUUUUCGGCGAUAUUACGUUUGAAUUGGACGAUGGCCACAUGAAGGCACACCGGGCAAUGCUGGUGGCACGAUGCGAUGUUAUGAAGGCCAUGCUGAACGGUGACUUCCGCGAAGCGCAUGCUAAUUUGAUUGUACUUCCAGGUGUAACAGAAUACACAUUCCACAAGCUGUUGUGUUAUCUUUACACGGACGAGAUUCCGCCUAUUUCGGCGGACAAAUGUUUAAACCUGUUGGAACUGGCGAACCGUUUGUGUUUACCACGGUUGCUGAAUUUAGUAGAGUGUCGGGUGAUUGAAGAUCUCACCAGAAUGUCUCAGAACGAGACAAGUGAAGCAGUUGAGCAUUGCUUGAGAUUAUUGGAACCGGUGAAGCUUCAUAACGCUCACCAGUUGGCCGAGUGGUGCAUGUCCUACCUGUGUGUGAACUACAAUAGCAUCUGCAAGCUAUCACCGAGGAGUCUGAAAAGUUUACAUCCAGACAACCAGGACUAUUUACGAGAGCAUCGAUGGCCUCCGGUGUGGUAUCUGAAGGACUACGAUUACUACCAGCGGUGCAUGAACGAACUCAAUCGAGAACUGAACAAUGGGAAGAAAGACUGUGCGGCAGAUGACAAGGGCUGUCUGUGCUUUUCCGGAGUGUUUUUCUGGCUAUUAGGAAAAUCGAAACGGUCGGCAGCGGCAGCCAAGUCAACGUUGCAAACCGCUAUCACCGCCAGCUCCGAGCACCAGGACGUGGUCAGCACCAGCCUGUUCCAGUCGAAUGCCAACUCAGUGAACCAGCUCGAUCCGGAGCACGAUGGCGCAGAUCUUUGACAUUUGGCCGACGGACCUUGGAGAUCGCUUCGUUUCAUCGUAAUUCUGCCAGUGUUGAUCUGUUUCAUCUGCACCAUCCUGAGCAUCCUGAUUAUAUUCCAAAUCUAUACCUAAUAUUUGCUGCAACGGUAGCCGCCGUAAAAAUGGCUAUUGGACUUUUUUAUGAACCGCAGAUCGAACCUGGACUACGGACAUUAAACGUUUUGAUAAGGCAAUUAACACUCGCAAAACACGCAACACAUUUUAAACUCCUCUGAUGCAGAUCGUCAAACUCUCUAUCUUUCCCUCACACACACAAACCUCUGAAAUGCCACCCCAAGCCACAGAAACACACACACACAGAAACCAACAUUGUUUGGUUGGUAAAUCCGGCCAAUAGCAAGCUGAUACGUUCGACGGUGCGAUCCAAAAGUAACUAACAAAUAGUAAACAACGUGCAUGCAACGUUUUUGAAUGAUAAAAUAUUUGUGAAAAACGCAACCAAACCAGCCAGAAGAUUACUUUAGUGGAUAAGAACGAAUCGCCGACUAGCUUGUAAGACGAGAGAAAAGAAAGCCAGCUUUCUUUUUCAGUCGUGUCGCUAAUUGGGUGCGGAAACAAAUAAUCUAACUCAAGAGAAUAACAGAUUCCAGCACGACGAAACGGACAACGCGCGAACAUUUUCUCCAGGGUCUUUUAACACAAUUGUAGCAAAAAUAACUGCAUAUGUACAUCUAGACGAUGAAAAACCAACAAGUAAAAUAAUAAUAAUAAACAAAAUUAGAAAUAAACGUAACAUUUGAACAAGCAAAGUAA